UGUGUGUGGAGAGUGGAAGAUGAACACAGCUGCUAGUAGCUACCCCAUGGCAUCAUUAUAUGUGGGUGACCUUCACCCCGAUGUCACGGAAGCCAUGCUCUACGAGAAGUUCAGCCCUGCUGGCCCCGUGCUCUCCAUCCGCGUGUGCAGAGAUAUGAUCACUCGUCGCUCCCUGGGAUACGCUUAUGUCAACUUCCAGCAGCCAGCAGAUGCGGAGCGAGCUCUGGACACCAUGAACUUUGAUGUGAUCAAAGGGAAGCCAAUCCGCAUCAUGUGGUCUCAGCGGGACCCUUCCCUGAGGAAGUCCGGGGUAGGGAAUGUCUUCAUUAAGAAUCUGGACAAAUCCAUAGACAACAAGGCACUUUAUGACACGUUCUCAGCUUUUGGGAAUAUCCUUUCCUGCAAGGUGGUGUGUGACGAGAAUGGCUCUAAAGGCUACGCAUUUGUGCACUUUGAGACGCAGGAUGCUGCGGACCGGGCCAUCGAGAAGAUGAAUGGCAUGCUGCUGAACGACCGCAAAGUAUUUGUUGGCAGAUUCAAAUCCCGAAAAGAGCGCGAGGCAGAAUUGGGAGCCAAAGCCAAGGAGUUCACCAAUGUUUACAUUAAAAACUUUGGGGAUGAUAUGGAUGAUGAGAGACUCAAGGAGCUCUUCAGCAAAUAUGGCAAGACCCUCAGCGUGAAAGUUAUGACAGACCUCACUGGGAAGUCCAAAGGCUUUGGCUUUGUGAGCUUUGAAAAGCAUGAAGAAGCUAACAAGGCAGUAGAAGAAAUGAAUGGAAAAGAUAUCAAUGGGAAAAUGGUGUUUGUGGGCCGUGCACAGAAAAAAGUAGAACGCCAGACAGAACUGAAACGGAAGUUUGAGCAGCUGAAGCAGGAAAGAAUCAGUCGCUAUCAGGGAGUCAAUUUGUAUAUUAAGAACCUCGAUGAUACAAUUGACGACGAGAAACUGAGGAAGGAGUUCUCACCUUUUGGUUCCAUCACAAGUGCCAAGGUGAUGCUGGAAGAUGGUCGAAGCAAAGGUUUUGGCUUCGUCUGCUUUUCCUCUCCGGAGGAAGCCACCAAAGCUGUUACAGAAAUGAAUGGGCGCAUUGUGGGCUCCAAGCCGCUGUAUGUUGCUUUGGCACAAAGGAAGGAGGAGCGGAAGGCUCACCUUACCAACCAGUAUAUGCAGCGCAUCGCUGGGAUGAGAGCUCUGCCUGCCAAUGCGAUCAUCAAUCAGUUCCAGCCAGCUGCAGGUGGCUAUUUCAUGCCUGCAGUACCCCAGGCUCAAAGCAGACCCACUUACUAUGCACCUAAUCAGAUGACUCAGAUGAGACCCAACCCACGCUGGCAGCAAGGGGGGAGACCUCAAGGCUUCCAAGGAAUGCCCAAUGCCAUGCGCCAGUCUGGACCACGGCCAACGUUACGCCAUCUAGCUCCAGCUGGUAAUGCCCAGGCCUCGCGUGGCCUGGCUGCCACCUCCCAAAGGGUUGGUGUUACCAACACUACUCCGAAUUUAGCGCCUCGACCCCCUGUAGCUGCCCAGGCUCCCAGAGCAGUUCCUCCGUACAAAUACGCCUCGAGUGUUCGCAGCCCACACCCAACAGUACAGCCUUUGCAGGCCUCACAGCCGGCUGUUCACGUGCAGGGGCAGGAGCCCUUAACUGCUUCCAUGCUGGCUGCUGCCCCUCCCCAGGAGCAGAAACAGAUGCUGGGAGAACGUCUGUUCCCCCUGAUCCAAGCUAUGCACCUCAGCCUUGCGGGAAAGAUUACAGGAAUGCUGCUAGAGAUUGACAACUCAGAGCUACUGCACAUGUUGGAGUCUCCGGAAUCCCUCCGCUCAAAGGUGGAGGAGGCUGUGGCAGUGUUGCAGGCACACCAGGCCAAGAAAGAAGCAGCCCAGAAAGUUGCUGCUACCUCUUAAACCAGGAAGACUGGUUGUAAAGAAGCCAAUUGGGGCCCUUCUGGAAGGCAUCAGCUUGAAGAUGUUUAGAAAUAACUUUGUCCUGCACUUUUCAACACCAUGCAACAUAUCAUUUACAAACCGCUCCAGUGUGGAAAUGUUUUGAUAUGCCUUAUCU